AUGCAGCCCCGGCUGGAGGGAGCGCCCAAAAAUGGGGAAAAGAUGAACGGCCAGCAGAACAAAUCCUACAACCAAAGGGGACCCGGGAAGAACAAAACAGAGUCAAUGAGUGAAUCUGCCUGGAGACAGGGCCAGGGACUUGUAGAUAAGGAAGGCCACCACGGGCCGGACACGGCACAAGCAAGCCGCCGCAGCCCCCUGCCGCCCCCUCCGCCCGCAGCGAGCCCCGAGCCCCCGCAGAACCCAGCGCGGCUCCCACCUGCGCCGGGGCCGCCUCCCAGCUCUGCCAAUGCCGCCUCCCCGGCCUCCGGCCGCUGCCGCCGCUCCCGGGCCCGCACAGACGCUCCGCCAAUGGCGCCGCUGCCCAGCCAGGGCCGCCCUCAGGCCGCCAGCGGGGCCGUGCUUCGCCCCGCUCUCACCAAUCAGCGCGCCACAACCACGACUGACGCCCUGGAACGGGCCCGGGCCCGGGCCGGCAUCCAGCGCAAACACAAACAAACUUCUCCGCACCUCCCGACACGGCUUUCCCGGCCCUGCGCCUUCGCUGCCUCCGCCUCUGCGGCAAGCCCACGAGCCCCACUUCUCCUGCGCCUAAUUAGCAGCAUCAGUGCAGCGCUUGAUUUCCCCCAAAAAGGGAGAAAAAAGCCCUGGGGGGCUGCAGUCAGCAGACGUGUGCAGCGCAGCCAAAAUGAUCCAGCACGUGGUUGCUGCAGUUUGCACGCUGUACUCUGUGGCGUAUUCGGAGUAUUUUUUAACUCCCUUGGCACGGCACCUCAUGUGUGGAUCCUGAGCAGCUCCUCCUUCGGGAACAGCGUGAGCCUGGCGGAGCCUGCCGAGAAAUACCUGGAAGUGGAGCAGAUUGGCCAAGGCUUCCUUGUUGAUGGAGAUCUCUGGCUGGUGAUGGAGUACAUGGAUGGAGGAACUUUGCAGGACGUUGUCAGAACGACAGGCAUGGCUGAAGGAGAGAUGGCAGCUGUCAGUCGGGAGUGUCUGCAGGGCCUGGAUUUCCUCCAUGCGAAGCGGGUGAUCCACAGAGAUCUGAAGAGCUCCAACAUCCUUCUGGGAAUGGACGGCUCUGUCAAGCUGGCUGAUUUUGGCCUCUGCGCUCAGCUCAGCCCUGAGCAGGACCAGCACAGCUCCAUGGUGGGCACUGCUCACUGGAUGGCCCCAGAAGUUGUCACCAGUUCUCCUUAUGGCCCCAAGGUGGACAUCUGGUCCUUUGGCAUUGUGACCAUCGAGAUGGUGGAAGGAGAACCUCCUUACUUCAAGGAAAUGAGGGCCAUGGCUCGCGCUCUGAUCUGGCAGAACGGGACCCCGCAGCUGCAGGAGCCCAGGCGCCUGUCGGCUCUGCUGCGGGACUUCCUCGAGUGCAGCCUGGAGCCGGAUGAGGAGCGGCGCUGCUCUGCCCAGGAGCUGCUGCAGCACCCAUUUUUAUCAUCAGCCAAGCCUCUCUCCAGCCUGACCCCUCUGAUCACCGCAGCCAAGCAACUGAGGGAGCAGCGGAGGAGAUGAAGCACUGGAGGACAGCUUUUAGCUGCAGUAGUUAGUUAGGACAACUAGUUAGUCAUGGUAGUUAGCAGUGCUAGUUAUGGUUAUGGUAGUUAGGACAGCCUGUUUGUUAUGGUUCUUAUGACAGCCUGUUUGGUAUGGCAGCUUUUUGAAUAAAAACUCUCUUAAACCUCAACUCCCUUGAGGUGUCCCUUCCUUCUCCCUCUGUGACUCAGCUGCCCGGAGCAAUGUGAGGGGAGAGCGGGCCCAGCCUCGCCCAGAGCUGAGCCCCAGCAGAGCCCUGGCAGAGCCCAGAGCAGCCUCGGCAUCUGCAGAGUCAGUGAGACAGAGUGAAAAUUUAACAGGGUAGAAAUCCAUUUGGAUUUAGGUGAAAUGAGCAGCUUGAAGCUUGCUAAUGUAAGUUGUAAUGAACAC